AUGUUCAAAAUAAAGUCCCAGAAAAGCAAACAGAAGGAGAAGCAGAAGCAGAAGCAGAAGCAGAAAGAAAGACAAACUUCCGUCUCGUCUGGAGUGAGCUAUAGUGGUACAAAGAAUUCAUCGUCGACAACACUGCCAGUGCAAGCCUCAGUGGACUGGAGCGGUGCUAUGAAAUCAACCCCGUCAUUAGUGACUCCUGAGUUGAAGCCAGAAGCUCCUGUUUUAUCAGAGCCUGAUGUGUCUACUUCACCGAAGCAAGCUUUUUCUGUUCCAGCUCCAGUUCUGACUACGACUCCUCCACUUCCUCGAACAGCUCCUAUUGCUCCCUCAGAACCUAUUCUCUCAGUUCAACCAGAUCAGACUGUUUCUGCUCCUGCUCCUGCUUCCCCCGUUGCUUUUUCUUCUCCUCCUCAGAAGCAAGCUCCCGUUGCUUUCGAGCCUCCUACUGCUCCUCCCACAAAACCUGCGCAUCCCGCUUCUCCAAAAUACAAAGCUUUCGUUGAAGCCGAACCUGAGCCCGAAAUUACGGCUGACAAUACCUCUCCACCUUCUAGCAUGCCCUCGGAGUCCCGCCCCGUUGGCGGUCGCCGCGGAAAGUCGGAUGAAGAUGCGAAUGGCACUCGAAGGGGCGGCGAGCUGGUUGCUGGUAAGAGUGGUGUUGGUGGCAUCUCUACCGCUGGCUUGCAGAUUCCCGGUGAGCUUCUUAACGAGGACGAGAAGAGUGCUUUGAAGAUUAAGAUUCACCUCAACCUGCACGCUAAAGUGCGUCUUGAUCUCGACGCCCAGAUCUACGGUGACGUUGUGAUUGGUCUCAUGUAA